AUGUCAAACUCUGAUAAAACAGCUAAAAAAAAUUAUUUUAAUCAGAAUAAUCGAGCUAAUCCAGCAAAAGCCAAGUCUUAUUUUGAAAGUAAAAAGUCCACAGUUAUCAGUGAAAAUGGAGAGUUGCAUAGGGAAAAACGAGAAGAAAUUAAUCGUUGCCAAAAUGAGAGAAAUGAGGCCAGACGAGAAGCAAUUAAUCGUCGCCAAAAUGAAAGAAAUAAGGCUAGGCGAGAAGAAAUUAAUCGUCGCCAAAAUGAAAGGAAUGAGGCUAGACGUGAAGAAGUUAAUCGUCGCCAAAAUGAAAGGAAUGAGGCUAGACGUAAAGAAGUUAAUCGUCGCCAAAAUGAAAGGAACGAGGCUAGACGUGAAGAAGUUAAUCGUUGCCAAAAUGAAAGAAAUGAGGCUCGACGAGUAUUAUUUAGGCGUGGAAUGCAUUGCAUAGCAAGAAAUAAUGUUUUUAUAGAGAGUAAUAACCUAGGAGAAAUGAACCAUAAUUGUCAGUAUUGUGGUGCUAAAAUUUUUUUAAAUGAAACACAUUUUUUGUGCUGCCAUUCAGGAAAGGUUGUCUUACCUCCACUUUCACCUUAUCCACCGCUGAUGGUUGAUUUAAUGACAGGCAACCAUGUUGAUCGUGCUUUGAAUCAAAAUUUUUUCAAGCAUAUACGAAAUUAUAAUGCCUGUCUAUCUUUUGCUUCAUUCAUAGCCACAAUAGAUCCUCCGUCAAAUCGUGGUCCACCCUGUUUUAGAAUUAGUGGGCAAAUUAUGCAUCGUAUUGGUAAUCUAAGACAUCAGCAAGGGGAUCCACCUGCUUAUUGUCAAUUAUAUGUUUAUGAUCCUAAUACUGCUUUAAACUUUCGAAUGGAGCAAAAUGAUUGUUGCAUACGUGAGUUAAUGGAACUUUUGCAGACUAUAAUUAAUCAGGAGAACCCAUAUGCGCUUGCAUUUAAAAACAUGGCAGAAGUUGAAGAUGCAGAAAUUCGUCAAGUUGCUAUAGAAGGUCGACCGAUUUCUGUUGUCAAAAUGUCGUUGCUCGAGGGUUGUGAUAGACGUCGAUACAAUCUUCCAUCACAUGAAGAGAUUGCCAUUGUGUUUGUAGGAAAUGAUGGUGCUCCACCUCCAUCUAGAGAAGUUGUUAUUUAUCCUCGAGGCCAAUCCUUAAAAACAAUUUCAAGUAUGUCUGCAAAUCUAGAUCCAAUGAUAUAUCCAAUAUUUUUUCCAAGAGGUGAUGCAGGAUGGCAUGAUCAACUAGAGCACAAUCCUGACCGAGCAACACGUGUUCGAAAUCGUUAUGCUGUUGAUGCAUAUGUCAAGAUUGAAGGACAGCGCCUUGCUUUUAUCAGAAAUAACCAAAACAAACUUAGAAGUGAACAAUACGAUACAUUACAUGAGUAUGUAAAUAAUGUUGCAAAUAACCUUAAUCUAGAAACAGCAGAGGAUAUUGAUAGUUUAAUAUCAGCUGAAAUUCCAAAUCAAACUGUUGAUCCUGAACUUUUUGAAAUUGUAAAAACAUGUAUGAUUCAUGGACCAUGUGGGAUUUUAAAUCCCAAUUCUCCUUGCAUGAAAGAUGGAGUUUGCAUAAAAAAAUUUCCUAAAGAGUUUAAUCCUUGCACUGUUGCAAUUUUCAAUGGUUAUCCUAACUACAGGCGUUUAGAUAAUGGUAGAGUAGUCAUUAUAAAAGGUAACCAAGUUGAUAAUCGAUGGGUCGUACCCUAUAACCCCUGGUUAUCAAAAAAAUACCAAGCCCACAUUAAUGUUGAAGCUUGCAUGUCUAUUAAGUCAGUGAAGUAUUUAUAUAAAUAUGUUUAUAAGGGGCAUGAUUGUGCGAAUGUGGUAAUUAAUGAAAGUGUUGACCAUGAUGAAAUUAACACAUAUUUAGACUGUCGCUUUGUUUCCGCCCCAGAGGCUCUUUGGCGAAUAUAUGAGUAUUCCAUAAGUGAUAUGUCACAUACUAUUAUCCACCUUCAAAUCCACCUUCCUGAUAAUCAGAGAGUAUAUUUUAACGAAGGAGAAGAACAAGUAGCUAUCAAUCGUGCAGCACAGCGUGACACUCACCUAACCGCUUGGUUUAAGUUAAAUGCUGAAAAUAAUGAAGCACGUCAGUAUUCUUAUGUUGAAAUUCCAUAUCACUUUGUUUUUGGUAAAAAUUGCAUGUGGAAAGUAAGACAACGAGGUAGUGAUAAGGUGGUUGUUCGAAUGUAUAAAGUCAGUUCAUUUUGCGAAUUAUUUUUUCUCAGGUUGUUACUUUUGCAUGUAAAAGGUGCAAAGUCUUUUGAGGAUUUGCGUACUGUUCAUGGUACUGUUUUUGAUACAUUUCGUGAAGCAUGUUAUCAUUUAGGUUUAUUGCAGGAUGACAUUGAGUGGAGAAAUACAUUAACUGAAGCUGCUGCAACUCGGAUGCCUAAACAAAUUAGGCUACUGUUUUGCAUCAUAUUAACUUUAUGUGAACCUGAUGAUCCUUUACACCUUUGGAAUACAUUUAAAAAUUAUAUGGUUGAGGAUUAUAUACACCAUUCAAUGCCAGUCGUACUUGCUGAGCAGGCAGCUCUUCGUCAAAUUGAAUCUAUAAUUAAUCAGAGUGGUAAAACCUUAGCUGAUUAUAAUUUGCCAGCUUUAGAUCAGUUUUUAGAUAAUGUCCCAGAAAAUGAUGAUGAAGAUGUUCAGGUGUUUAUUGAUGAAGCAAACCGAGUUAGACCAUUAUUGAAUGAUAAUCAACGUAAUGUAGCUGAUGCGAUCCUUGCUGCACUAAGUGUGGAACCUACUAAUGAAAAAAAGCAUUCAAGGUUGUUUUUUAUGGAUGGGCCUGCCGGUUGUGGUAAAACAUGUACUUAUAACUAUUUAAUUUCUGAAACACAGAGCAGGCAUAUUAGAACUGCAACAGCUGCAUGGACAGGAAUAGCUGCAACUCUUCUCAAAAAUGGGUGCACAAUGCAUGGCUUAUUCAAACUUCCUGUUCCAAUUUUGGAAACUAGCACAUGUAAUGUAACUCCAAACUCUAUUCAUAGUAGAUUCCUGAGACAAAUCAGUUUGUAUUUACUUGAUGAAGCAUCUAUGAUACCCAAAUAUGCUUUGAGUGCCAUUGAUAAGCUAUUACAAGAUAUUUGUAAUAACAACUUUCCUUUUGGUGGUAAGGUUAUUCUUAUGGGUGGAGACUUCAGACAAAUACUUCCAGUUGUGAAGCGAGGUCGACCAGCAGAAGUUAUAGAAUCAUGUUUAAAAUGUUCUGAACAUUGGCAAUAUGUGCAAAGGUUCUCAUUAACUGUAAACAUGAGGGUUCAGAUAGAAGAAGAGGAAUUUUCUCAAUGGCUUUUAAAGCUUGGAAGUGGAACAUUACCUGUCAAGCCUGAAGAUCCUUUACGAGGGUGUAUUGAAAUACCUGAGCAGUGCUUUCUCAGUGAUAAUGAAUCUAUUGUGGAGAAGAUUUUCGGUGGUGCAGAAGAAGCUGAUUAUGCAAAACGUGCUAUUUUAACGCCAACAAAUGUUGAUUCAUUGGCAAUAAAUGAAGAAGUCCUUCAUUGCUUACCCGGUGAUGUGAAAACAUAUUUAAACGAGUUUUUAAAUAGUUUGACUCCAUCAGGUAUGCCUGUUCAUUGCCUAAAAUUAAAAAUUGGUGCUGUUAUAAUGCUACUUAGAAAUUUAGAUCUCAAAGGUGGACUUUGUAAUGGAACCCGUUUGAUGGUGCGUGCAUUACACAACAAUUAUAUUGAUGGUGAGGUUUUAACAGGUGUAUCAGCUGGUAACAGGGUAUUUAUUCCUCGAGUUCAAUUAGCUCCAUCAGAUGCAAAUUUACCUUUUACACUUAAACGCCGUCAGUUUCCAGUUAGGUUAGCAUACUCAAUGACCAUAAAUAAAAGUCAAGGUCAAACAUUUGAAAAAGUUGGUGUUUAUCUCAAAAAACCUUGCUUUUCACACGGCCAAUUAUAUGUUGCAUGUUCAAGAACAAGAUCAUUUAAUAGUUUGUUUUUCAAAGUUGAUAAACAUCCAUUACAAGGUAUGUCAUUUAACAAACAUUACACAAAUAAUGGAGUAAAUUUCAAAGCACAAUUUGAUAUAGCCUAUUCAAUAGGCUAUUGUAACAAUUGUUUGAAAUUUUCUUCCAAAAGGAAAGACUUAAGUAAACGGGAUAGAGAACUAUUUUACAAACACAUGGGUCACUCUAAAGAGACAAACGAAAAUACGUACCAAUGUCAAUCUGGUGUUUCAGCAGUUUUAAAUGUUGGUGUAAAACUUCUCAAAAUGGAUUUAGGUGUGUCGCAAAACAAUGAACAAAGUGCAUUUUCUACAAAUAACGAUUUGUUUGCUUAA